GCCCCGCACGUGCGCAGCAGCCGCUCCGCCCCGCACCAUGGCGGCCGCGCCUCCGGCGCUGCUGCUGCUGCUUCCGCGGCGGUUCGCGGCCACCGGCGCUGCGGCGGGGGAGCCGCCCCUCGCCAACGUGGUGCGGGUGCCCUGGGCCCUGCGGGCGCGGCGGCGGCGGCGACAGGCUCAGGAGGCGGCCCCGGCCCCGCGGGGCGGGCGGCUGCUGCUGCGGAGCCGUCGCCCCGAGCUGAGCCAGCCGCGGUGGCAGACGGUGGGCCGCUGGGAGCGGCCAGCGCUGGUGUCGGCGGGGUGGAAGCACCGGAAGGCAUGCGGGGAUUAUUUCCAGCUGGAGCCCUCGCGGGAGGCUCCCCCCGCGCUGCAGGAGACGGCGGCGCAGGGCCCAUCGUUCGCCGAGCUGGGGCUGCACCCCGCGCUGCUGCCGGGGCUGUCGAGCCUCGCGGCCGGGCGCCCCACGGCCGUGCAGCGCCUCGCCCUGCCCGUCCUGCAGCGCGGCCGCAGCGCCCUCUGCGCCGCCGAGACCGGCAGCGGGAAGACCCUCGCCUACCUCGUGCCGCUGCUGCACCGCCUGCUGCGCCGCCGUGAGGAGGAGGAGGAGGAGGAAGAGGAGGAAGGGUGGCCGGCGCGGCCCCGCGGGCUGGUGGUGCUGCCGUCGCGGGAGCUGUCGGCGCAGGCGGGUUCGGUGGCGGCGGCGCUGGGCGGCCCCGCGGGGCUGUCGGUGCGGGCGCUGUUGGGGGGCGGAGCGGCGGGGGGUCUGCGGAGGCAGCUGUGGGCUCCCCCGGGCGGCCCCGUCGUGCUGCUCGGCACCCCCGGGGCGCUGCGGGACGCGCUGCGGCGCCGCUUCCUGGCGCUCGACAGGCUGCGCUGGGUGGUGCUGGACGAGGCUGAUGCGCUGAUGGAUGAGUCCUUCGUGGGGCCGCUAGAGGAGAUCCUGGCACACGCACCCCUUGCCGUUGGAGCCCCGGUGCCGGCGGGACCCGCAGAGGAGAGGACGCAGGUGGUGGUGGUGGGAGCCACCUUCCCCGCGGGGCUGAGCGAGACGCUGGGCAAGUUCACGGACGUGGGACGGUUUGUCCUGCUUGGCACCCAGAGCCUGCACCGCCUGCCUCCCCACGUCCAGCAGAAGUUUGUGCGCCUCAAGGGCCGGGACAAGCUGCCGGAACUGCUGCAGCUGCUCAAGGAACGCCAGGUGUCCAGUGGAGCCGUCCUCAUCUUCUGCAACACUGCCAGCACCGUCAACUGGCUGGGCUACAUCCUGGAUGACCACAAAAUCAAGCACCUGAGGCUGCAGGGACAGAUGGCGGCAGCCGCUAGAGCUGGCAUCUUCGCCUCCUUCCAGAAGGGUGACAUGCCUGUCCUUGUCUGUACGGACCUCGCCUCACGGGGACUGGACACCAGCAGCGUGCAGCUUGUGGUCAACUACGACUUCCCAGCCACCCUGCAGGACUACCUGCACCGCGUGGGGCGGGUGGGACGAGUUGGAAGCAAGGCACCUGGCACCGUGGUUAGCUUUGUCACCCAUCGGUGGGAUGUGGACCUGGUGCGGAAAAUAGAGACUGCAGCUCGGAAAAAGACAGGUCUCCCAGGCAUGGACUCCUCUAUCAAUGAGCCUCCACCUAAAGGAGGUUGAUUUAAGUUGCCACUUAGUAAUAAAUGGCCUGGUUGGGGCUAAGCUUGAAGUCGUUAGGGCAGAGUGAAUGAGCUUAUGGAUAUAGAGAACUGAGUUUCAGAACCAGGUGAUCAGGUUAACGGUUCAGGAAGCUGCCAUAGUCAUUUAUGUAGGCAUCACAACUCGGGGCUUUCUGAAAGGAAACUAGUAAGUGAGCAACGAAAUGCCUUUGGAGAAGCUUGAAGAAUUAUCUCAUAGGUUGAUUUUGUUGAGACUUAAAUUCAAAUUGGAAUGAAUGUACACCUGUAUGAUGCACAGCUCUUGCAUUUCCCACCUCUAGCAAUUAAAUAGUCAUUACUAAAAAUGCUACCCUGGCAGGCAAAAAAAUACAGUGUUCUCUGUAACGGACUAAUUAUAUAUACGUGCAAGAAUACUUAAGGACAAAUUAUAUUUGAUUUUUUUCUGAUGUAGCUGUUCAUUCAGAGGAUUCUAGCCCAGAACCUUCAAAAUUUGGUGGAAACAAGAAGGCACAAUAAAGCUCGAGGCUUAUUGUGUCAUUUUUCCUUUCACUGAGGAAUAGGAUCUUGCUGCUUCAUGUUCUCUUAAAUAAUAAUAUUUUAAAAGCCUUUAAAUGUUUUCUGCACAUUAGUUUUGCAUGCUGUAAUGACAUAUUCAGUCUCUGAACUGAGUGUAAAAACAACCACAGAAAAAACCCAGCCCACGCAAAAAUGGCUCCUGUUAACAGAAAGAAGUGUGUUUGCUCACAGGUUCUAAUGACUUCCAGGUAGCAGAGCAUCACAACAUUGUGUUUUCUGCUUUAAACCAAAAGGAUUAAACUGAGGCAGAGGUUAUUUCAUAUCUAGCAGCUAGUUUGUAUCCAUGGUAAAUGAUCUUAGAAAAAUAGCAUUUUAGCUCUGAUUUCUGUGGCAGUAGUUUACCACAGCCUUGCCUUUUAGUGUUUUUUUUUCCCAUGCUAUCCCGUUUAGAUCGCACUGAAACUCAGAAUGUAGAAGUAGUAAGCAGUUAAGUGAAAAGGUCACAGUGUAGUAUCUAAAUCAUUGGUUUCAAAGGAAAUAAGGCACUGAAGCUGGUCUUAUUCUGAGUAUACUUAAAGUAAAACCAGAAAAGUUGCACAGAUAAUCGCUCAAGGAUAAGGCUGUUUAACCUUAUCCCAGAAAUUGUACACAGCUUCUCUGUUCACACAACACUGAAAAGACACUCUUAGCAGAACUUACAAGUUGCGGUAAAGUUAUUUGAUGCAAAAGAAAGCUUUCAACUUUAUAGAAAUACAGUGGAAGAGUGAUGCACCCAGAGACUGGAAACCUUUAUCUUUUGGACCUCUAUCUUAACAAGAUACUCCUUAACUUGAGAAAACACGCAAGUUCCAUUUCCAAUAAAUGUUUCUUCAGCGAUGAAUUAUUGCUCUGAUAUUGCCUGUGGUUUCCAUGUGCAAAAUCCCAAACAGCUGGACCUCAGAAACAGGAGGCUCUCAGAGUGGCUCUGGGGUCCGAGGUUAGAAGGCUACCAGAGGGAGCCACGGAAUGAAAGCACAUGGUCAACUCCUCAUUAUCUUUAGUGCACAACACAUGUCUUUAAAAGCCAAAGUGAUUAGAAGAUAAGAAUUGAAGCUGGUGCCUCCUACUCCUCUUUUCCCGCCCUUGGAUGCUGUGGGAAGAACUCCCAGCCAGCUCUGACUGGAGCGAAGCGCGCUUGCAGAAAGAAAAACAACUGAAGAGGCCAACAGAAAGUUUUCGCUGCUUAUCAGGCGCAAGGCUGCUUUCCAAGCCCAUUCUUAGGAAACUGCCUCUGGAUUUGGUACUGGGGAAGCACCGCAAAGAGGAUCUUUUCUUCUCCUUCCCAGAGGCUGAGGAUACGCUGUUGGCUGGCCAGCUCAGGAGCGAAACAAAAUUCUGCAUCCAUUCUCCUGGCUGCUUCCUCCAUCCUUCUGUCCAACACACUACAGAGAUUAAUUCCAUGGAAGUAGAAUGUAGAGCCAGGAGAACACGCAACAACUUUGGUAUUUGUAUAAAAAAUUGUUGAAUUCACCCCAGCCUUACCAGGAGGAGAAACAUUUUGGCUGUUUAUACUAUUAAGCCUACAACGUCUGCAGCAGACUGGAAAUUUUGCUGUUUCAUUGUCAUCAACAAAUAAUUGUGAUAUCUCUUUGCUUAAGCAAA